CUGCUGGCAUCGACUAGUGGACUCGCUAAUAAAUCCCUCGAGCAAUAUUGGACAGACCCACAGCAAGAGAGAAAUUAACCAAAAUACAGGCCCGUCCUGAUAUAAAUCACCGAAUGCUUCAUUUUUAUUUUUUAUUUUUUUAAAUAUAACGUAAUGUUUACUGGUAUUUGGUCGUGCUGGGACAAUUAAUGAUAGUAUUUGUGAUCUGUUGUCAAUAAUGGCCUAGGAUUAUAUCGUUAUACGGUCAUCACAGUAUUAUUAUCUUGAUGCUGCGGCAGAGAGCGACGACAUCCCCCCUCACGAACCAUUGAUUGCUGUCCAGGGGAAGGAAUUAUCCAGGCAGCUGAAACCCUCCGGGCGUAGAACAGGAGGCAUCUCUUCUAAACCGCACGCCGUGGAACAUCAUGUCUGCUAUGAGGACAUUGACGGUGGCGGGACUGUUUUUGUCUUUUUGCGCCUUGGGGCUCAUAGCAGUCGCAAUAUGUACUGACAAUUGGUACGAGACGGAUGCGAGGAGGCACAAGGAACGUUGUAAGAAUUAUUCCAACAAAAGAAACGACCCUGGAUUCAUCUAUAUCUCCAACCAGAAUCUCCCACUACGUAUGUUACCGAAGGAGAAUAACGUGGAGAGGAAGGGGUCGAGUGGGGGAGUCCUCCUGCGGGCUAAGCGGCACUUUUUGCCCCCUGCCCCGGCCAUGGAGUCUCUCUGCAGUCGGCAGUACAACUCCACCAUCUCCGGGCUGUGGAGGAAAUGCCAUCGAGAGGGAUUCGACCUGGAGACAGAGGAUCUUAUCUUUAAAGGUUUGGUUCCACGCUGCACACCAAUAAAAUACUACUACUCUUCUUUAGCCCUCCCCAGACAUCUGAGCAUCAAUAUAACCAAGACUAUUGGUCAGGAUGAGUGGCAUGCACUCCACCUGCAGAGAAUGACAGCCAGCUUCAUCGGCAUGGCGGUGUCCAUCAUCCUGUUCGGCUGGGUGAUUGGAGCUCUGGGCUGCUGUCAGCAGCAUGACCUGAUGCAGUAUGUAGCUGGACUCCUGUUUCUCAUGGGAGGAACGUGCUGUAUCAUCUCUCUGUGUACAUGUGUAUCAGGGAUCAACUUCCAACUGUCCCGUUAUCCUCGCUACAUGUAUGGGAUACCAGAGGACAUCAGUCACGGAUACGGUUGGUCCAUGUUCUGCGCAUGGGGGGGCCUAGGUCUCACCCUAUUGGCUGGCUUCCUGUGCACCCUGGCUCCUUCCCUAUACCCCCCCGUCCCUCACACUAUGGUAGAGAGGCCGCAACGCAAGCCCCGACAUGAGAACGGCUGUGUGUGACCCCAUAGAAAUCAACUACUAUUUGAGUUGAAUACCGGGGUUUGUGUGUGACAUUCAGUGUCUGCCAGAAUCUUGUUUCUUCUAUGAAAAAGAGAUGCUUUUCUGUUCUGACUGGACAGGAGACGUUACCCAGGGACUAAGAACUAAGAUCUGUCAGUGCUGUGUGUCUGACUGCACAAAGAAAGAAACAGACAGAAAGACAUUGGCUCUGGUUCUCCAGCUGGAGGGGGUCGGAUGGUGACUGUUUACUGUGGAGGAAUUCAGUUCUUCUUGUCUUCGGUCCUCCUCUUCCUCCUUCUUCCUCCAAAAUGUCAACAGUUACAGAAUGAUCUUUUUUGUCCCAAUAAUGAAUUGUUCGGUGUUAUUGCUUGCUAUUAAAAGAGGAGAGAAGUCCUAAAAUAUCUUCCUGUACCUUUGACCUUUUGAUGCUGGUUCUAAAAAAAUAAAUAAAAGAACACAGAAGAACAAUAAUAGCCAAACUUUAAGGGAUGAUUUCUAACUUCUACUUAAGUCUCUCUUUCACUGACUCUCCCAUUGAUGUCAAUGCAUGGCCAAGUGAAAAUUUGCCAUGAGGCCCAAGUUAAGAUAUACCCCAAGCUAAGUUGUAAUACAUUAAAAUAAUAAGGAUGUGUAUUCUCACAUUUUCAAAGGGCAAUCGUGUAGUAGUUUUACUGUUUGUACCCAUUGAAAACAAAAUAAAUGUAAAUGUCGAUUUAGAAAAUGUAUGUAUGUAUGUAUGCAGGUUUGCUUUUGUGUGUAUUAAAAAAACAACAUGAGAAUUAACAUACAAGAUUGUAUUUGAUGGGAAAUGUUUUUAUGUUCUUGAAGAUUACUGAUCAUGAUAGUACCACCAAGAUAUUUUAGAAAAAUAAAAUGAUGAUACAAACCGUU